GGGGGGGGAAAGCAAGCAGAGGGGGGCUGUGCCCUACGGUACCGGGCCAGGCCCGGCCGUCCCGAGCCGGGGUAUCAGGUGACUGCGCCGGUUCCCCGGGGCUCCGUCCCGCCCUCCGCACCGGGAGGAGCAGGCAGCAGCAGCAGCAGCAGCAGCCGCCGCAGGCGCGCCGAGAGCGAAGAUGUCGGGUCAGACGCUGACGGAUCGCAUCGCAGCUGCUCAGUACAGCGUUACGGGAUCGGCCGUAGCCAGGGCCGUCUGCAAGGCCACCACGCAUGAAGUCAUGGGGCCCAAGAAAAAACACCUGGACUACUUGAUCCAAGCAACUAAUGAAACGAACGUGAAUAUUCCUCAGAUGGCCGAUACACUUUUCGAGCGAGCAACCAAUAGCAGCUGGGUGGUCGUAUUCAAAGCCUUAGUUACCACACAUCAUCUAAUGGUUCAUGGCAAUGAGAGAUUUAUUCAGUACCUGGCAUCUAGAAACACAUUGUUCAAUCUCAGCAAUUUUCUGGACAAAAGUGGAUCUCACGGCUACGACAUGUCCACCUUCAUAAGGCGUUAUAGUAGAUACUUGAAUGAAAAAGCGUUUUCCUACAGACAGAUGGCAUUUGACUUUGCAAGAGUGAAGAAAGGAGCCGACGGUGUAAUGAGAACAAUGGCGCCUGAAAAGCUGCUGAAGAGCAUGCCAAUAUUGCAGGAACAAAUCGAUGCACUACUUGAAUUCGAUGUUCAUCCAAAUGAACUGACAAACGGUGUCAUAAAUGCUGCAUUCAUGCUUCUGUUUAAAGAUCUCAUCAAACUUUUUGCUUGUUACAACGAUGGGGUUAUUAACUUACUAGAGAAAUUUUUUGAAAUGAAAAAGGGACAAUGUAAAGAUGCUCUUGAAAUCUACAAACGAUUUCUUACUCGAAUGACCAGAGUAUCAGAGUUUCUUAAAGUUGCAGAGCAAGUUGGAAUUGACAAAGGCGAUAUCCCUGAUCUUACACAGGCUCCCAGCAGUCUCAUGGAGACCCUCGAGCAGCAUCUAAACUCACUGGAAGGAAAAAAACCUGGCAACAACGAAGGAUAGUCCAACCAUUCCCCUCUGAGCAAGUCUUCUCCGGCCACAACUGUUACAUCUCCUAGUUCUACUCCAGCGAAAACUAUCGAUACAUCUCCUCCAGUUGAUCUUUUUGCAACUUCAUCUACAGCUGCGCCAGUCAGCUCUUCCAAACCAUCCAGCGACCUUCUGGAUCUGCAGCCAGAUUUCGCCGGGGCAGGCGGGCAGGCGGCUCCAGCAGCCGCCGCCGGAGCCACUUCGUGGGGAGACCUCUUGGGAGAGGAUAAUCUGGCCGCGCUUUCCGGCGUUACCUCUGAGCCGCAGAUCUCAGAUCCGUUUGCCCCAGAGCCUACUGCAACUCCUGCUGCAACUACUGAUACUCCAACCACUACGGCCGCUGCCGCUACAACCACCACCGUUACUGCUGCCCCUGCUGAAGUGGAUCUCUUUGGAGAUGCCUUUGCAGCUUCUCCUGGGGAAGCCCCUGCAGCAGCUGAAGGGGCAGCAGCACCAGCUACCCCAACCCCUGUAGCCGCAGCUCUUGAUGCAUGUUCAGGAAAUGACCCCUUUGCCCCAUCCGAAGGUAGUGCAGAGGCUGCUCCUGAGCUGGACCUCUUUGCUAUGAAGCCAACAGAGACCGCUGUUCCUGUAGUUACCCCUACAACUAGCGCAGCCACUCCAGUUCCUGCAACAACUCCUUCUCCAGCUGCUGCUGUUGCUGCUGCCGCUGCUACCGCUACUACGGCUACUGCCACCACCACCACCACCGCCACCACCACUUCUGCUACCGCCACCACCUCCGCUCCUCCCGCCCUAGAUAUCUUUGGUGAUUUAUUUGAGUCUGGUCCCGAUGUACCUGCAGCACCCAAACCAGAUGCUACUCCUAGCAUAGAUCUCUUUGGUACAGAUGCUUUUUCAUCGCCGCCGCAAGGAGCUUCUCCUGUGCCUGAGAGUUCUCUCACCGCCGAUCUCUUAUCUGUGGAUGCAUUUGCAGCCCCCUCUCCUCUACCCACUGCCUCUCCGGCAAAGGUGGAUUCUUCAGGUGUGAUUGACCUAUUUGGUGAUGCUUUUGGAAGUAGUGCUUCUGAACCCCAGCCCGCAACCCAGGCUGCUUCUAGUUCCUCAGCUUCUGCAGACCUACUUGCUGGCUUUGGAGGUUCUUUUAUCGCUCCCUCUCCGUCACCAUCCCCAGUCACCCCCGCUCAAACCAGCCUUCUACAGCCGAACUUUGAUGCAGCUUUUGGGACAACAGCUCCAACGACUGGCAGCUCGUUUGAUGCAUCAGUGUUUGACGGCCUAGGUGAUCUUCUUAUGCCAACUAUGGUUCCUUCUGGCCAGUCUAUAGCACCUGCAGCCACACCAACAGUCCCUGCUUCAGCAGCAAGCAAAGGCCUCGGAAGCGAUCUUGACUCGUCUCUUGCAAACCUAGUAGGCAAUCUUGGAAUUUCUGGUACCACUUCAAAAAAGGGAGACCUUCAGUGGAAUGCUGGAGAGAAGAAGUUAACAGGAGGAGCCAACUGGCAGCCAAAAGUAGCACCUGCAACAUGGUCAACUGGUGGUGUCCCAAGUGGUCCAUUGGUAGGUGGUUGAUCUGUCAGUACUACU